UGAGAUACAUUUCUUGGUAAACUAAGUUUCUGGCGCACAUGACACUAACUGCAGGCUGUGUUACACCGUCAGUUCAUUCAGUUAGAAAUGAACUGACGGUUCAUUUCUAACAUUUCUACCCAAAAUGUUAGUUUUGGUUAAACGUGGGAGGACUCCUUUUGUAAAAUACAGAAUCGUUCUUUAUUUGGCAGCGAGUUGUUGCUGAAAUAUUAAAAUGGUGGUGGCGGACCGACCGCAAUGACCGAUGUUGCCUUCAGGUGCUGAUGUCACGGUUGCCUAGAAACGGAAAACGAACAUCGCGCUGUUUUUUAAACGUCCACCCGGUUCCUCGCGUCCUCAGAAACACAAACUGUUGAAAUAAAACACAGACGUGAGCAACAGACAAAGCUGACGUUGGUUUCUGAUUCCGGAAAUAUCUAAAGCGAUUCCACUUAAUUUCUCACUACCUUCAGCAUAUUUAAUCUACUCCAGUAAAAAAACUACAACACUUCAAACCUGGACUGGAUUAUUCUAAACUAAUAGCAGAAUAUUUAAAACCAUAUUUGUGAAAUCUUUAUCUUCAAUAAAGGUUGAUUUCACCACUUUUUUACAGGUUUCAUACCGGUCAUGGGAAACCUGGAAAGUCAUGGAAUUUUAUUUUUUCUAUUUUCAAGACUUAAAAAGUUAUGGAAUUUAAUUUCAGGUCAUGUAAAGUUAUGGAAUUUGCAAACAAGGGCAAAAAAUGCUAUUUUUUCUGUGGUUCUCCUCUGGACUCGAUCCAUUCGGUCUCGGUGUCGGACAUUGACGUCUAGGGAUUUUAUUUCAGGACCACAGCUGUGGAAAUGUCACUAAAUUGCCAGCAUAUUGUCCAGUUUAUUUAUCUUCUUUGUUUUCGCUGGAUGCUAAACAUACAGAUUUAUAACGCGACUUCCUAAUUGCGUGUUUCUGUUUCCGCUGCCAGCAGUCGCCCAACCCUAACUGGCUCGCGGCGCUCUGAGACAUGCGCAGUUUGUCUCGCGGCGCUCUGAGACAUGCGCAGUUUGUCUCGCGGCGCUCUGAGACAUGCGCAGUUUGUCUCGCGGCGCUCUGGGACAUGCGCAGUGUGUCUCGGAGCGGGAGAAAAUGUCCGACGAACCGCGGGUCUCGUGCGAAAGCAUCAGGGUUAGGGAGACAUUUCUGACGAUGGCGGACAACAGAAAGUAUGACAGCGGAGCGCAGGAGAGAAAGAAAAAGAGAAGCGCGAUAGGGAGGUGAUGAAGAAAAUAUCCAAGAUAAGUUUUUUUUUAAACAGAACCACAGUCCCUCUCCACUUCUUAAACGUUAGCCUUGCUAACAGCAGAACCUGGAUCUGGGUCUGAUCUGGUGCCUGCGGAGUCACAGGCGGUAAAAGCUCGAUGUUCUUCGGUAGUCGCAACGAUGACUGGUAAAACUGGAUAAUCCGGACAGCACUGAUCCUGCGUUUAAACGCUGAUGAGUUGGUGUGAGCUUACUGGGCUGAACAAGAAGCAGAGAGCUGUCAGAAUAUGGAUAUUAAUUUGAAAGCAUCGGAACAGGUUUACAGAAAAUCAAAAAGACUCCUCUCCAGAUCGCGCUUUGAAAGCCAGCUGCGGGUGUUGUGUUUACAGGUGGAGCCAACCACACCCAUCUCUCCCAGCACACCUGGAGUCAAACCGUGGAGCUCGGCCCCCGAGGAGAAGCAGGUUCCAGCGACGACACCCACCACGCCCAGCCCGGCGCCGGCCCCCUACCGACCGGCCGUGAUCUACUGGGAUCUGGACGUCCAGACCAACGCAGUGAUCAGAGAGCGCUCGGCAGCCAAUCACCUGCCGUCGCACCCCGAGAUCGAGCUGCAGCGGGCUCAGCUGGUCACUAAGCUGCGGCAGCACUACCACGAGCUGUGCCACCAGCGAGAAGGCAUCGACCCGCCGCGGGAAUCCUUCAACCGAUGGCUGUUGGAGAGGAAGGUGAUUGAUAAAGGCCUGGACCCGCUGCUGCCCAGCGAGUGUGAGCCCGUCGUCUCGCCGUCCAUGUUCCGGGAGGUCAUGAACGACAUUCCCAUCAGGUUGUCCCGCAUCAAGUACAAGGAGGAGGCCCGGAAACUCCUGUUUAAAUACGCCGAGGCAGCAAAGAGGAUGAUCGACUCCAGGAAUGCGAGUCCAGAGAGCAGGAAGGUGGUGAAGUGGAACGCCGAGGACACGAUGAACUGGCUGCGCAGAGAUCACUCCGCCAGCAAGGAGGACUACAUGGACCGCCUGGAACACCUGAGGCAGCAGUGCGGGCCGCAUGUUACGGCCGUCGCCAAAGACUCUGUGGAAGGAAUCUGCUCCAAGAUCUACCAGCUGUCGGCGGAAUACAGCCGCCGCCUGAGGCAGACGCACCUGAGCCUGCUGCAGGACCCCUCCACAGAGACGUGCGCGUCGCCCCCCCAGUCACGGCUCGUGUACUGCUACCCGGUCCGGCUGUCGAUCCCGACCCCCGCCCUGCCCCGCGUGGAGCUGCACUUCGAGAACGACAUGGCCUGCCUCCGCUUCAGAGGAGAGAUGGUUAAGGUCAACCGGGGACACUUCAGCAAGCUGGAGCUGCUGUACAGGUACAGCUGCAUCGAUGACCCUCGCUUUGAGAAGUUCCUGGCCCGAGUUUGGUGCCUCCUGAAGCGAUACCAGGUGAUGUUUGGCAGCGGUGCUAACGAGGGCAGUGGCCUGCAGGGGGCGCUGCCGGUGGCGGUGUUUGAGGCGUUAAACCGGCAGUUCGGCGUCACCUUCGAGUGUUUCGCCUCGCCGCUCAACUGCUACUUCAAGCAGUUCUGCUCCGCCUUCCCCGACAUCGACGGCUUCUUCGGUUCCAGAGGGCCGUUCCUGUCCUUCAGCCCGGUCAGCGGCUCGUUCGAAGCCAACCCGCCGUUCUGCGAGGAGCUGAUGGACGCCAUGGUGACGCAUUUCGAGGAACUGUUGGAUCGGUCUUCCGAGCCGCUGUCCUUCAUCGUCUUUGUUCCUGAGUGGCGCGACCCAGUGACGCCGGCGCUGACCCGAAUGGAGGCCAGCCGGUUCCUGCGGCACCAGCUGAACGUCCCGGCCUACGAACACGAGUACCGCUCCGGGAGCCAGCACAUCUGCAAGCGGGACGACAUGUACUACCGGGCCGUCCACGGCACCGCUGUGCUCUUCCUCCAGAACGACGCUGGCUUCGGAAAAUGGGCUCCGACUCCGGAGCGUCUGGCGGAGCUGACGGCGGCGUACCGCCCCUCUCUGUCUCGCACUUCCUCCUUGUCGUCCCCUGGCCCCGCCCAGUCCGCCCCUGGAGACAGAGACUCCACCCCUAAGGCCUCUGAUAGGACACAGAGUGCAAUGAUGUCACCUGGCGGCCAUGACAGCAACAACAACGGCAGCAGCAGCAGCAGUAGCAGCCCUCAGGACAAGCUCACUGCGAUGUAGAGGGGCGUGGCCACUGCAGGCCACGCCCCUAAUGUAAAUGUGUGUUUACGAACAUCACCAGUCCCUCACCAGCACCUGUAGCACAUCCUCACCUCUUAUCGGUAAUCUACCACCGCCAUCAGGGGGCGGAGCCUCAUUUAAACUUCACUACGUCUCUUUAGUCUGUUGGCUGCUCUGAUUGGUUGAAGCUCACCUGAAGCUGAGUGAUGUCAGCGUCUGAACUGCUUCAGAGUUCCAGCAGUAAAAUCCACCUGAGGGGCGUCCCCUGAUUGGUUGUUAUGGCAGCUAUCAUGUCUGGGACCCGGGCCCUAUAGCAGGGGGCGUGGCCUCGGUAGCAGAGGGGCGGGGCAUCAGGUAAUCCUGAAACUGUGACAAGUAGUCAUGGAAACGAUCUUUCAGUCCCAAUCCAGUUCUGUGAUUCACACGAGAUUAGAAAAUACAAGCUGUUAAGGUGAGCUUUAGUCUGACCCAGUUUAAUUCAUACCAGAUUAAUCUGGAUUAAACCAGAUUUAUCUGGUGUGAAUUAAACCAAAUUAAUCCAGUUUAAUCUGGUGACCUCUCUAAUCUAGUUUGGUUCAGUUCAGUUUUUUUUUUUUAAUUUGUUUUGAUUUCUUUGAUCCAUUACAAUCUGGUUAGAUCUAGUUUGAUUUGUUUGGACCUACUCUAAUCUGGUUCAUGUUUGUUAGAUCCAGUAUGUACAGGCUUUGGCCAAAUAAAUCUGGUAUGAAGGGAUUUGGGUUGUGUUGGGAUGGGAUAUAACCAGAUUAUUCUGGUUUAAUCCAGUUUAAUCAAGUGAACUCUAAUCCAGUUUAAUUCACACCAGGUUAAUCUGGAUUAAACCUGAUUAAUCUGGUGUGAAUUAAACCAAAUUAAUCCAGUUUAAUCUGGUGACCUCUCUAAUCUAGUUUGGUUCAGUUCAGCAUUUUUUUUUAUUUAAUCUGGUUUGAUUUCUUUGAUCCAUUACAAUCUGGUUAGAUCCAGUCUGAUCUACUUGGAUUUGGUUGGACCUAAUCACCUGAGUGAAGUUGGCCCCCCCACCUUCUUCAAAUUAGACAAAAUUGGUGUCAAU